CACAACACAUCCCUCACCAACCCACACGACCUCACAACAACCCCAAACCAGCCAUCACGAUGUUUAAGAAAGACAUCUCACCCGGCUCCAAGUCGAAGGUCAAGUCGUCCAUUCAGCGCGCGCUGAGGACGCAACUAUGCACAACCUACCCGCUUCUUACGCCAUAUAUCGAUGAGGUUGUGCCAAAGAAGGAGCAGUUGGAUGCUAUGAAGAUCCCUGAGAGAGUAACCCUCUACCUCAUCAACGGCGAACCCGUAUUCUUCCAACACAUGACCGAUCCCCUACUUCCUCACCUCAAGCUCGUCCACCGCUUCCCUCAAGCCUUCCCACGCAUACGGAUCGACCGCGGCGCAAUCCGCUUUGUGCUGUCCGGCGCAACACUGAUGGCACCUGGAAUCACAAGCGACGGCGGCAGGUUGCCAGGAGAUGAUGGAGAGGAGUGGGGCGCAGCAGGAGAGCAUCUGGAGAAGGGUGCUCCGGUGGUGGUGGCAGCGGAGGGGAAGGAGGAGGCAUGUGCCGUGGGAUUGUUGACGGUUGGCACGAAGGAGGUGGAGGAAGUGGGCAAGGGACCGGUGGUGGAGGAGGCGCAUUUCUUGGGAGAUGGGUUGUGGAGGUUGAAUACUGAGUAAGGUGUUUGAAUUGGCGGAGAGCGAGAUUAGAAGAAUUGGGUAGAGAUGGUGCUUGUAAAUGAGCAGGAUCUAUGAUUGGGAAAUGAGAUGUGCCAUCACUGUGUGCUAUGUCAUGGGUAGACGCAUAUUCUUGAGGUUAGACAAUUAAAUGCUUUGAUGUUCUUGUUGUAUUAUCCACGGGACAUCCUAGUCCCAGCAGGACGAUUCCUA